AUGUCCUUGACCUUGUCAAUUGCCGCCAAGGCUCCAUUCGUAGCAUACCCCGCGCUUAUUGCUGCCAACUUUGUCAACACUAGCGAUGUUGACUCGUCAAUUCUCAUUGAGUUCAUUGAUGAAAAAUCCGUAGAGGGCUCUGAUUCUUCGGUCAAGUUGGUUUCUGCCGGAAAGACCGUCACCGACCAAGUAGAGAUCUUGAGUAUUUUGGCUGAACAGUUCCCUUCUGUCUUGACUGCUGAAUUGGGCAAUGUAUGGUCCAAAUUUGCUGUGGAUAAGUUAUAUGUUAAGAACUUCAAGGAGUUGGCUGUCGACUUGGAAAAGCUCGAUGCCCAUCUUAACUUCAAAUCUUUCAUUAGUGGUUACAGCUACACCACUGCUGAUAUUGCUGUGUGGGGUGUCUUGAGAGCCAACGCCUUGAUGGGUUCUGUGAUCAAGAACGGCGUGUACACCAAUGUCUCCAGAUGGUACUCGUUGUUAGCUGAUGAUUCCAGAUUCGAGUCAGUUGUUGAGUUCAUGAUUAAGUCUGUCAACGACUUGAGAAAGUCUGCCAAGACAGCCAAGAACGGCGGAAAGAAGGAAACACACAAGGCCAACUUUGAAAUCGACUUGCCUGGCGCCGAAAUGGGCAAAGUUGUUACCCGUUUCCCUCCUGAACCUUCUGGAUACUUGCACAUUGGACAUGCUAAGGCUGCCAUCUUGAACGAGUAUUUUGCCCACAAUUACAAGGGUCAAUUGGUGAUCCGUUUCGACGACACCAACCCUACAAAGGAGAAGGAAGAGUUCCAGGACUCGAUCAUUGAAGACUUGGCCCUCUUGGGAGUCAAGGGUGAGAAGGUCACCUUUUCCUCGGACUACUUCGACACUAUGUACGAUUUAGCUAUCAAGUUGAUCAAGGACGGAAACGCCUACUGUGAUGACACACCUUUAGAAAAGAUGAGAGAAGAGAGAAUGGUGGGUGAAGCUUCGGCCAGAAGAAACAGAUCUGUCGAAGAAAACUUGCACAUCUUCACUGAAGAAAUGAAGAACGGAACUGAAGAAGGCUUAAAGAAUUGUUUAAGAGCAAAGAUCGACUACACUGCUCCAAACAAGGCCUUGAGAGACCCCGUAAUGUACAGAUGCAACUUGACUCCUCACCACAGAACUGGCACCCAGUGGAAGAUGUACCCUAUCUACGAUUUCUGUGUCCCAGUUGUUGAUUCUAUCGAAGGAAUCACCCAUGCUUUGAGAACUAAUGAGUACAGAGACCGUAAUCCACAGUACCAAUGGAUCCAGAAGGCUUUGGGCUUGCGUCCCGUCGAAAUCUGGGACUUCGGCAGAGUUAACUUUGUCAGAACGUUGUUGUCCAAGAGAAAGUUGCAGUGGUUCGUCGACAAGGGCCAUGUCGCCAACUGGGAUGACCCUAGAUUCCCAACAAUCAGAGGUGUCAGAAGAAGAGGUAUGACUAUCGAAGGUUUGAGAAACUUCAUCAUUUCCCAGGGCCCUUCCAAGAACAUUAUCAACAUGGACUGGUCCACUAUCUGGGCCAUGAACAAGAAGGUAAUCGACCCUGUUGCUCCUAGAUUUACUGCUGUCUACGCCGAAAAUGCUGUCCCUGUCAAAUUGUUGAACGUGCCUGCUGAAGCAUACACAGAAGAGAAGCCUAAGCACAAGAAGAACCCAGAAGUCGGCAAUAAGCCAGUCGUCUACUUCAACGAGUUGUUGAUCGACCAGGCUGACGCCGACUUGGUUGAAGGCGAGGAAAUCACUUUCAUGGACUGGGGUAAUGUCAUCGUUUCCAAGGUCAACAAAGAAGGCGAUGUCGUCAAGUCUAUCGAAGCCAACUUGCAUUUGGAAGGUGACUUCCGUAAGACUUCCAAGAAGAUCACGUGGUUGGCUAACACCAGCGACAAGGUGGACGUCGAUUUGGUUGACUUUGAUCACUUGAUUACCAAGGAUAAGUUGGAAGAAGAAGACAACUUCGAAGACUUCCUUACCCCUGAGACCGAGUUCCACACCAAGGCUUUCGCUGAUUUGAACAUUCGCAAGUUGAAGACUGGUGACAUCAUCCAAUUCGAAAGAAAGGGUUACUACAGAGUUGACCAACCAUACAAGGAAGGCAAGCCAGCGGUGUUGUUCACCAUUCCCGACGGUAAGGCCGUUUCCAAGUAUGGCAAGAAGUAGUAUAUAAUGCCUCUCUAAUGAACAUAUUAUAUAAGG